AUGGCCCAUCAAAAGCGUGCAGUGCACGUGGUGAAACCUGCAGUCGCACUGCUGGUGACAGACCAGUUUCGUCGGCAGUUAAGUAUCUAUCAUGCUGGCGUGCUUGCGCUGCAACCAGGAACCGGGACCGACGUUGUUUCUGACGAGCUCACAGAUGACGGCGCACGGGCACUGCUGUCUGAGAUGGAUGCCCGCGUGUUGAGCUUGCCGCUGGAUGAGCUCUCGUCCUUCUUGGAAUCACGCGAAAUGUGGUUGAAAGACACAGGAAAGCAUGCUCGCGGUCAACUGGCAGAGAUGACAGAGGGUAGCCUUGCUGUCGCGCUGGACGACUCGGAACCUGCUCAGACGGGUGACCUCGACAUUGUGCUAGUGGCGGUGAAGCGGUACAAUUCCUGCUCGAUCGUGUCAUCUCCUUCAGCGGCUGCGCGCGUCAAGGAUUUUCUUGAAGAUCUGAAUGAUGCAGGUGGAGAUGGUGAGGAUGGCUAUGACUCGCUCGAAGACGGGUGCAAUCGAUAA